AUGUCGAUGAAGUUGAACCCUAGCUUUGGUCGACGUCGAUCGAAGAAGAAAGAAGAAGAAAUGAAGCGAUCGCUUCUUCGCUUUCCUCGCUUCGUCGCUUCCUACAUUGAAGCGUGCGCUUCCCUCGGUCGAGUCGCCUCAGGUUGCUUGGUUAUUCAGGUCAUGAAAUGGGCAAAUUUGUAUGAAACUACUCUCCGUGUGGUUGAAGAUAUCCGAUUUGUUAUGAGCCAUUCUGCUGUACCCAGAUAUGUGACUAGUGAUCGAAGAGAUAUAUUGAGAACAUGGAUGAAACUACUGGCUUUUGUGCAAGGAAUGAACCCACAAAAAAGAGAAACUGGUGUUCAUGUAGAAGAAGAGGAUGAGAAUAUGCAUUUGCCUUUUGUUUUGGGUCAUUCUAUUGCAAAUAUUCAUUCUCUUUUGGCGGGUGGUGCUUUCUCUAUGAGUAGUGCAGAAGAUGCUGAUGAUACUUUCUCCAAUACACACACAGAAGAUUUUGAGGACCAAGAUAGCCAAAGACAUGCAAAAGUGGGAAGGCUAUCACAGGAAAGUUCUGUAUGCAGUAUGACUGGAAGGAGUCCACUAGAACAUGCAUCCAGGGCUCUUGAAGUAAAAUCUGAUAGUUUUCCUGUAUCAUCAUCUGUUUUAUGUUUAAUAUUCGAGUGCAUAAAGGCCAUUGAAAAUUGGCUGGUAGUCGAUAACUCUUUGGGGCCUCUCCUUCAGAUAUUAUGUCCAAAAACAAGUUCUAUUCCUGGCAAUAAUUUCUCUGUGUUUAAAAAGACACUUUCAAAAUUUAGAAGAGGCAGAGAAAUCCUUAAGUCACAGAAUCCUCCUUCAAAUGGCGUUAGACUCUCGACUUCUGCUGAAGGUUCUAAUAAAGAAUAUUCUUAUCCUUCCCGGAAUGGUGGCACUACCUUGGAUUCUGGCCAAAGUUCCGGCCGAGAAGCAGCUUGCCUUGGUGGUCAUGAUGCCAGUAUGCUGGAAGGAGAUCAUGCAUCUGAAUUAGAAGCUCUCCGGUUGCUGAGUUUGUCUGAUUGGCCUGAUAUAGUAUAUAAAGUUAGUUUGCAGGAUAUAUCUGUUCACAUUCCAUUGCACCGAUUACUUUCGAUGGUUUUACUGAAGGCACUAGGAAAAUGUUAUGGGGAGACUGCACAACCAGGUUCUAUUUCUGCUAAUUUGUCAUCUUCUAUCCCUUGUGACUUUUUUGGACAUAUUCUGGGAGGCUACCACCCACAUGGGUUUUCUGCCUUCAUUAUGGAACACACUCUUCGGAUUAGGGUGUUUUGUGCUCAGGUUCAUGCUGGAAUGUGGCGUAAGAAUGGUGAUGCGGCCAUAUUAUCCUGUGAGUGGUAUCGCUCUGUUCGCUGGUCUGAGCAGGGUCUGGAACUUGACCUCUUUCUGCUUCAAUGCUGUGCUGCACUAGCCCCUGCUGAUCUAUUUAUUAAUAGAAUCUUAGCACGUUUUGAGCUAUCAAAUUACCUAUCCUUCAAUCUUGAACGCCCUAGUGAGUAUGAACCGGCUUUAGUUCAAGAGAUGCUUACUCUAAUUAUUCAAAUAGUGAAAGAGCGACGGUUUUGUGGGCUAACCUCGAGUGGGUGUUUGCAAAGAGAGUUGGUGUAUAGACUAUCAAUUGGUGAUGCCACUCAUAGUCAGUUGGUGAAGUCUCUUCCUCGUGAUCUCUCCAAGAUUGAUAAAUUUCAGGAAGUUUUGGACAGAAUAGCAAUGUAUUCAAAUCCCUCUGGCAUGAAUCAGGGUAUGUACAAACUGCGGUUACCCUAUUGGAAGGAACUGGAUCUGUACCAUCCUCGUUGGAAUUCAAGGGACUUGCAAGUAGCCGAAGAAAGAUAUAUGCGUUUCUGUAAUGCAUCAGCAUUGACCACUCAGCUUCCAGGAUGGAGCAUGAUUUAUCAACCUCUUAGUCGAAUAGCUGAAGUAGCUACCUGUAGGACGAUCCUCCAAAUUAUCCGCACAGUUGUAUCUUAUGCUGCUUUUUCUGAUAAAUCAAAUGCUUCACGUGCUCCAGAUGGUGUUCUGUUAACAUCACUGCAUUUGCUAUCACUAGCAUUGGAUAUUUGUUAUGCACAUAGGGAAUCUGGUGAACAUUCUUGCUGUGAGGGUGAUGUUGUUCCUAUUUUAGCACUAGCUUGUGAAAAAAUAUCAGUGGGUAGAUUUGGUGAACAGAGCUUGCUGUCUCUACUCGUUUUCUUAAUGAGGAAACAUAAGAAAGGAAACGACUUUGUGGAAGCUGGAAUGUUUAAUCUGUCAUCUUUGAUUGAAAGUCUCCUGAAGAAAUUUGCUGAACUACAACCCGAAUGCAUGGACAAACUGCAAGACCUUGCUCCGGAAGUGGUCAAUCAAUUAUCUCGAUCCUUUCCAAGUGAUGAUACUAAUAGCUUCAGAUCAUUUUCAGACAGUGAUAAGCGUAAGGCUAAAGCUCGAGAGAGACAAGCUGCUAUACUGGAGAAGAUGAGGGCCCAGCAAUCCAAGUUUUUAGCAAGCAUUGAUACCACAGCAGAUGCUGCUGUAGAUGAUUCUAAACGUGGUAAAGAGUCAUGCAAUUCAGAUGCUAGACCUAGAUCUGAAGAGGCUACUCCUGUGAUUUGCUCUCUUUGCCAUGACCCAAAUUCUAAAAGUCCUGUAUCUUACCUAAUUCUUCUUCAGAAAUCCAGGCUUCUCAGUUUCACCAACAGAGGUCCUCCUUCAUGGGAACAAACUCGCCGCUCUGGGAAAGAGCCCAUGUCUUGUGCCAAAAAACUGAAAGACAUUUUAUCUGAAAGGAGCAAUCUCUCAAGAAGUUCAGAAAUUAUUUCAUCGUCUUGGUUAAUGCAAUUAAUCCAAAAUGAAGUAAAUGAGCUUGCUUUAGAAGGACAACCUAAUGAAGUGGAGGCAUUUGUGGAAUAUAUCAAGGCAAAAUUCCCCCCAAUGAAGAACAUUCAACCUCCUUGUGUAUCAAGCAUUGUAAAGAAAAAGACAGUCUCUUCCUUCGAGAUGCUAGAAGAACACAUGUACUCGUUGAUUCGGGAAGAAAUGGAUGUUAACUCACGGAGCUGGGAUCCUUUGAAAAAUGAUAAGAAGCUCUCAGCAUUGGGUGGUAGUGGGCGUGCUGCGUCACUUUUGCUUGGAAGAUACAUUUCUGCUCUUUCAAGAGAACAUAGUCCUUCUGCGUCGGUGAAUAGCCACAAAGCACAACUGGAGUCAAGUAUGGUGCGUCCAGCAUACGAUGGAUUUGGUCCAUCAGAUUGUGACGGGGUAUAUCUUUCAUCCUGUGGUCAUGCGGUGCAUCAGGGAUGCCUUGACCGCUAUUUAUCUUCGCUAAAGGAAAGGUACACCAGAAGACUUGUUAUUGAAGGAGGUCAUAUUGUAGACCCGGAUCAGGGGGAGUUCCUCUGUCCUGUAUGCCGUGGACUUGCCAACUCAGUGCUGCCAGCAUUACCUGGAGACACUAAAAGGUUGACACAGUCUGUUUCAACUGGUCCAUCAGAUGCUGUAGGCCCUUCAGCACUUCGUUUUCAAGAAGCUUUAUUUCUCCUGCAAAGCGCAGCUGAUGUUGCUGGAAGUAAAGAGAUUCUACACAGUUUUCCACUUCAGCAAUUUGGGCAGAUGAGAAUAAAUCUUGAAUCUGUGGUUGGGGUAUUAUGUGAAAUGUAUUUCCCAGACAAGGAUAAGAUUUCAGAAUCUGGUAGGCUUAGUCAUUCUCUGAUCUUGUUUGACACACUCAAGAACUCACUUGUAUCAACAGAAAUUGCUGCUCGAUCUGUGAAGACUUCUUUAGCUCCAAACUACAGCCUUGAUGCCCUGUAUAAAGAACUCAAAGCUUCAAACUGUUUUAUAUUAGCCUUGUUACUAGGUAUUAUACAAAGCACACGGACAAAGAAUUCACUUACUGUCCUGUUGAGGUUAAGAGGUAUUCAGUUGUUUGCAGAGUCUAUAUGCUCAGGCACUUCUGCAGAUGAGCCUCCAGACAGUCCAUCUGUUGGAGGUAAUAUGCAAGUUAUUUUGGAAUGUUCUGAAACAGAAUUACAGUACCCCGAUAUUCGGUUCUGGAAACGAGCUUCUGAUCCAGUUCUUGCACAUGAUGCUUUUUCAUCAUUAAUGUGGGUGUUAUAUUGCCUUCCGAGCCCAUUUCUAUCGUGCGAGGAAUCAUUCUUGUCUCUUGUUCAUCUUUUCUAUGUUGUCACUAUCACUCAGAUUGUAAUUACCUAUUGCAGAAAGCGGCAAACUAGUUUGACUGAGUCAGGAGGCAGUGAUUCUCUGGUUACUGACGUCUACAGAAUAAUGGAGGAAUAUGGAGUUGCUUAUAAAUAUUUUGAUUCUAAUCAUAUUGAAACUUGUGACAUCAAAGAUGCAAUUCGUAGCCAGAGUUUUCCUUAUUUAAGAAGAUGUGCAUUAUUGUGGAAAUUGAUUCGUUCUUCUAUAUCAGAACCAUUUAGUGACGGGAAUAACGUAUUAGAUGGAUUACCAUAUUCCAUGGCUGAAACAAUGGAAUGUGGCGAAAAAUUUGCAGAUGAGUUCACUGAGAUUGAAAAAUUGGAAAAGUUAUUUAAGAUUCCCCAACUUGAUGAUGUUAUUAAUGAUAACAUAAUACGUUUUGUGGUUCCAAGAUGGUUGCAUCGUUUCUCCAAGCAGUUUGAAGCUCACAGUCUAAAGAGUGUUUUGUAUUCUACCCCUGCUGUCCCAUUUAAACUGAUGCUUUUGCCUCAUCUUUACCAGGACCUCUUACAGAGGUAUAUUAAACAGCACUGUCCGGACUGUGGAGUUGUACAGGAGGAGCCUGCAUUGUGCCUGCUGUGUGGUAAACUGUGCUCUCCGAAUUGGAAGUCAUGUUGCGGGGAAAGUGGGUGCCAAACACAUGCAAUGGUUUGUGGGGCGGGUACUGCGGUGUUCUUAUUAGUCAGAAAAACCACAAUAUUACUUCAAAAAUCCGCUCGUCAGGCAUCGUGGCCUUCCCCAUACUUGGACGCAUUUGGUGAAGAG